AUGGCGGUUGAUGACCUAUUGGUUCAGUGGAAAGCCUUAUGUGAAAGAUACAAUCACCAAAAGACGGCGAUCCUCCCAAGAGCCAGAUAUAAGUGGACACACUUGAGAUUCCAAGAUUUCAAGUCAGUGUCUGAGUACAACUUAGCAAUGCACAGAAUCACCUCCCUAAUGAAAUUAUGUGGUGAAAGUAUCUCUGAGGAGGAUAUGCUCGAGAAAACUCUCAGUACCUUUCAUGCCUCAAAUGUACUCAUGCAGCAGCAAUAUAGGCAUAGUGGUUUUACGAAGUACUCAGAAUUGGUAUCUUGCCUUUUAUUGGCUGAGCAAAACAAUGAGCUUUUAUUGAAAAAUCACCAAUCUUGCCCAACAGGCUCAGCACCAUUUCCUGAAGUAAAUGCUGCAUCUCGAGAAGUGAAUGCCGCCUCAUCUCGUGGUAGUACCCACAGACGUGGGCUAGGGCGUGGUCGCUAG